GUUACUGGCCUUGUUGGGUAAAACUGAGGGACAGGUUAAACAGGUGACAAGGUGUCAGGUUUCAGCGGCUGGUUUCUUCCACACACACGAUACAGAGAGGCAGACAACAUACGAUCUUGGUCCAAAUUUGCUUCUUUAAUAUCAAACAUUCACCUUCCUAACAAAUAGUCCAGCCAUGGGACAGAAGUAUGACGGGUUGUCCCAUUGUAAGCUCGCUCUGGUGUUUGCCGUGGUGAUGGACGUGCUGGGUGUGACGUCCCUGCUGGUAGGCGUCUUCGCUUCCCUAGAGAUCCAGGGCGAAGACUUUGGGGAUCUGCUGGUGUACUCUGGAGUUCUGUUGGUCCUGUUUUCCAUGGCCGGCUGGGUGCUUUGGUAUAGUGGCAACAUCGAAGGUCUGCAUUUACAAAAAGACCUGAAUGGACGUUUGGGUUCUGCUAUGGACCGAUUGGCUCGCUCUGUCAGCCGGAAGAUGCGGCUCCCCAGGACGCGCAGCAGUCCCAGUUAAACAGUCGAGACAUCAGCCUGGUUUUGAUUCUUGUUGAGCCAAAUUACUUGAAACAAAAGCAUAAUUCAGGGCUUUUCUUUCUGUCAGUUUUUGAUAAAAAAGACCUGUCAACCUUUGUUUUUAGAAACAGAAUAUGUAUGUUUUGCUUAAGUAUGUGCACAUGCACUAGUUUAUAUAGUCUUUAAUAUUAAAACUAUUGCAAUUAAUGUCUUUUCUCAGCUGCCUCGUUAAUAAUUUAUUGUCUUUGCUAAAUUAUUAUACAGGUAUAUCUCAAUAAUUUAAAACGUCCUCAAAAAGUUAAUUUCAGUAAAUCUGUUCAAAAAGUUAUGCUCACAUAUAUUAAUUGUAAACAGAAUAUAUAUUUCAAUAUAUUUAUAUUUAUUUAGUGCUAUGUAUUUUGAUGAUCAUGGGUUACACUCAAUGAAAACCCAAAAUUUAGCUUUUAAGAAAAUAAAUGCACUCAAUACUUAGUGGGGACUCCAACUGCAUGAUUUAUAGCAUCUGUACAGCUUGGCAUGGAGACGACCAGCCUUUGGGUCAGCUGAUACAUUAAAGAACCACAAGUUGCUUUAUUA